AGUCUCCCUCUGGUCCACCGACUCGAAUAAAAUGGUCGGGGUGCCCAGUCGAUUUGCCGGAUGUGCGACGUGUCGCAGGAGGAAGAGAGGCUGCGACCGCAAGGCCCCUUUUUGUACCCAGUGUGUCCAAGCUGGGCUCAUCUGCGAGGGAUACUCUCGUAACUAUUCGGUCUGGAUCAACUCCACAGAUGGCGAGAAUUGUAAAUACACAGAGUAUACCGGCAGCGUACAAUCGCGUAGACGAGGGGCUCCAGAAAUUACUCUACACCAAUCGCUGGCGGGAACUGCGCGAGAGGUAAUGUACGUUGGACUUUAUCUCUCGGCGUUUCUACCGAACGGUCGCCUUUUCUCCAAGGAGGCAGCGCAAAUAUCCUCUGCUGGGUGGUUAAGAUACCUAGACAAAUUAUGUCAGUCUGAGACGGUUCUCCGCUUCGUCACCCUUGCUCACGGGCUUUCAAUGCUGGCGACGAGAGACAAUGACAAACAGCUGAAGCUCAAGGGUGUCCAGGCACACAGCAUGGCGCUGCAGGAAAUGCGCACAGCCCUGCGGGAUCCACAAAGGGUCACCGGCGAUGGGAUUUUGGCCGCUAUUCGGCUGUUCCGCUUUUAUGAAGUAAGCUGUGCUUCCUGUGAAGCCGGUCAAGUUACUCAUUCUUCUCAGAUUCUCUAUGGCACCGAAUCCAGUGGUUCGGAUAAAGAAAACCCCAAUCUUCAAAUCAGGGGCUACUACGCCCAUACCGACGGUGAAAUGGCCUUGUUUAUGAACAGGGGCUGGCAGAAGGAAUGGAGCGAAGCAGGAAUGUACUUACUCGUAAGCGGUCGGAUUGUGUCCUUCAUUCUAGGCGUGGGACGAAGAAAGCGUUCCCCCUUCAGCGACAGAGAAUGGAUGUUAGCACCCUGGAAGAACAGAACAAAGUCCCUACUUGACGGCCUGAGUGACAUCCUGAUCCAAGUUCCGGCCUUAUUGGAAGAGCUGGAUACCAUUAGAGCAUGUCCCAUUGCGGAGCGCAGUCCAAAUGCCUGGGGCAACUUGCUCGCACCUGUUACUGCCUGGAAGGAAACCAUGGGAGACCAACUGCAGAACUUUGAUUACACCAAAUCAGGUCAUCCUCCGCAGAUGCCACGGGUAGACAGGGACUUUGCACUGUUGCAUAUAAGCUGCUUCUAUUGGAGCUGCUGUAUCCUCCUAUACACAACAAUCCAUAUGGCCACGAUCGAGGCGCAUCAGAUUCACACAAUUUCUCUAUCCCAUGGGCCUUAUGCUGGUGGCUAUGGGGCACUGUGUUCAACAUUUCCACUAGGCAUGGCACUCCGUUAUUUUGCGGUGGCCCAUUUUUUCCCGCACGAGGGUGGCAUUCCAGGCGCGCACAAGCUUUUACACGGGUUGCCGGCACAACCUUUCAUGAAGGCGUAUACCGCACGUUUUGUUGGUCAUCUACACAAUGUUGACGUACCGGGGCAAUCUCUAAAAGACACAGCGGGAUGUCGUGGAGUAGAACUGAAGAUGAGACGAUGGUUGUUUGGCCCUAUGCUUGACCACAACCCGGGUGCUACAUAG